AUGCUUGCGGGCCAGGCCGCGCCGGGCGCUGCGGGCUGCCGCCGCCUUCUGGCGGCCGCCUUGGCGGCGGGACUGCGACGGCUGCUGUGCAGUCUGCCGCCGUGCUCGGCGUCGGCGAGGCGGGUGGUUGGGCAGUGGCCGAGUCCGGGCCUGCGGGUGCCGGAGGCGGCGGAGGCUGAGCGGCUAGUGCAGCAAUUGCAGCGGGCCCGCCCGCCGCUCCGCCGCUUCAUCGCCUGCCCGCAGCUGGCGCGCACUGUGCAGCGCUGCCUGCAGGGCGGAGCCAGCCCCGGUCCCCAGCCUGUCCUGCUCGAGUGUGCGCCCGGUCCUGGAGUCUUGACCCGAACUCUGCUCAAUGCAGGCGUUAGAGUGGUAGCUCUAGAAAGUAACUCAGCUUUUCUUCCAAACUUACAGUCCCUAGAAAAUAGCCUGGAUGGACAAUUAAAGGUAAUUUAUGGUGACUUCUUCAGACUGGAUCCUUUGGUGACUGGAACAGUGAAACCACCUGCUCUGUCUUCAGACAAACUGUUUGAAUCCAUGGGUGUAGCAGCAGUUCCUUGGAGGGCAGAUGUCCCUGUGAAAGUUUUUGGAAUCUUGCCACAAGUAAGGGAAAGGAACAAGCUUUGGAGGCUUCUUUUUGCCCUGUAUGAAUGCAGUUCCAUCUACAGAUGUGGAAGAGUAGAACUCAACAUCUUUAUAAGUGAAAAAGAGUACAAGGUAUUAACAUCAAAGCCUGGAGAAGCAAAGGCUUACCAAGCACUGACUGUACUUUGGCAAGUAGGAUGUGAAAUUCAGCUACUGCACAAGGAACCUUGGUCAUCAUUUGUAACUAAUAUGAAAAGUAGGGGACUGGCAGUACAAAAAACCAAGUGGCUGCCAAAUGACCAUUUAUGUUUGGUACGACUGACUCCUCACCAAAAUCUGUUUACAGGAAGCUUGAAGCCCACAAAUUCAGCUACUUUUAUUUUCAUGGUGAAACAGUGUCUUGCUAAACCCAGAUCUAAACUUACUGAUAGAUUAAGUUCAUGGAGCUUGGACAAUGGUGGCAAAUUACUGAGAGAGCUAGAAAUUCCCCAAAAUGCUGAAACACGUGACUUAUACCCAGAGGACUACAGGCGUCUUUUUGAGGCUUUGCAAAACUCUAGUGAGUUUGCUGAAACCUGGUUCAAUGAUGAAGUCAUGGAAAGUAUAAGGAACAUAAACUUAUAAUUAUAAAGCUGCUGUCUUUUGGAAGAUCACCUUUGCUUCUGGAAGAUUACUUUGAUAAGAAAUGAUUUAAGUAAAAUCGGUGAUAUCUUUAACUAGAUGAUUUCCUGUCCAAACAGGAAAAUAAAAUUUAGCAAGUAACAACAGCCCUUCUACAUAGCAUGAAACUCAUGGAUUCACAGUUAUUUGAUCACAAUCCUAUGUAGAAUGGACAGACUGCAUCUUUUCCAGGAGCAUAUUCGUGACCUGCUGCUUUUGGUUGUAACACUGUAACGUAACUUUUUGUUACACUGAUGUAUAUGUACAGCGUUUAAAAAAAGAAAAACCCAGACCAAACACUAUUAUUUGUGUGGUUUAUAUUUUAUAGCUCAGUGAUUUGAAUGCCUUUUGUCAGAUUCCCCAAAUAGAGAGCUUUACAGCCACUGAAUCUGUUAUGCUGUUUCCUGAUAUAAAAACCUUGGAGUCUAAAGUCAACACAAUGUUAAAUGAGUACUGGUGAGUUAAUAGAACACAAGGUAAUGACAACAUGAUAAAAACAUUAGCUUAGAGCAUGGAUUUUUAAAACUGAAGAUUCUUAUAUCUCUGAUUGGAUUAAAGAGUUGUGAUAAUACUUUCUUUUGAAAUUUUGAAAUGAACACUGGGCAGCCUUUUCUGGUUUACAGUAUGAGAACACCUCUAUGGGUAUAGGCUUCAGCUUAAUUUUAGGUCUAAAACCAGUUAUCAGAACAUUCAGUGUUGUAUAAACAGUUUGGAAAAAAAGUAUCUGAUGUGCAACCCAGUCAACAUAUAUUUGUUUAAUGUGUAUCACAUGUACAUAAAACCUUAAUUUAAAACCAUCUGUUAUUAAAAUUAUCUUUUUAGCCAUAGUCCUCCUUUAUGCAACCUGUUCUGUUGUCUGAUAUUACUAGCAGGCUACAGUUGUUCUUUUUUUCUAUACUAUCUUCUCUGGGAAGAGCUAUGGCCAAAAAAGAUGCUUUUUAAGCAGAGUUCAGGUCAAUAAAAUGCCACUUUAGUACAGUCUCAGGAGAUGGUAACUACCUUACCUACUGAUCCAAAAGAAUGCGGUGUGUCCUGGCCUGACCAUUUUUUUUUCCAUUGAAUCAAACACCUUGCUCUUGUUGCAGUGAGAUGUCUUCUGUCAACAUACCAGAGCCAGUAUUGAAUAUUUAGAAUAUAAACACACCACUUUCUAUACAAACGGCAUUUACUGAGCCAGUGCAGAGACUCCCAAGAUGCAGGAGUUUGUAAGUGGAAAGAAUAUUGUGUAACUGGGAACUUGAAAUGAGAUUUAGUGCUUACCAGAACUCUGCCAUUAAAUGUGAUUGUGAAAUGAAGAAAACAAUGGCUGUCAUCAUAAAAGUGGUUUUGAAAUAGAUUUAAGAGAUGGCAAAAAGUGAAAAUUACUGGUGUACAUGAGUGAGAACAGGUGAGUGAAACUGAAGUCAGUCCAUGGAUUGACAGAUGCUGUUCACUCAGUAUUUGCUGCAGUUGCAGCUCUAAAGCUUCUGUAGGGUUCUAAACACAAACUUUCACUGAUGUUUUCAAUGCAUUUAUCAUUAACGUUUAUCAAGUUGGCCUUUUAUUGCUUCCACUAUUCAAAUACAGUUUCUUAGAGGAGUUGCCAAGAAAAUGGCUUUGAGUAUGCCAUAUUAAAGCACCAAUAUGUUGCAGUUUAUAUACUGAUUGUAACUUCAGAGGUGCUAAGUCUUUUCUAAUGGCUGUCAUCACUUGUGCCACCCAUCUUCCUGCGAAAGAAAAUUACAUGGCUGUGAUGGCAAUUGCCUACAUUUUACCACUUAACUAUAUUAAAAUCACAGCAAGCACAAAUAGAAACAAAGUUGGUCCUUAGGAUAUUCUCGGUUAAUGGGAAAUUUUCCCACUUGGAAUUAGGAGAUCAAUUGAGUUGGAUUCUACAGUUAGUAGUUAGCUUUUGAUGCAGAAGAAGGGUUUGUGACUUUGUUCUGAUUAACACAGCAGGUGUGAUAAGGGGUUGUUAAGGUGGAAUGUGUUUAAGCUGACUAUUAGGAUUGUUCAGCAUUGGACAUUUUAAUAAUUACAGUGUAGCCUUGCAGGCAAUAAUUAUAAUGUUGAUAUAAAUAUCAAAAUAAAACUUGUCAAGCAGACUGUCUGGUGUAGUUUUAAGAUGUGUAAGUGUGAUAGGAAAAACCUGAGGCUUCCUGAGAAACAUGGUGAAUUAAUUGUGGCAGGCUAAACACCAUUUACAGGAGCUGUAGACUGAAAACUCCAAUCUAAGCUUUGCUAGCCUUUAAUUUGCAAAGCUGUGCCUUUCUUCUGUAAACAUUAAAAAAAAAAUUGAAAUAACGAUUAACUUUUCCAGAAGGGACAAGAAGUCAGUGGGAGAUCUUUAUUCACUCACAUUUUAUGCUUGCUCAAUAGGUAUCUUGUCUUUCCUUGUGUGUGCUGUUCAACAUGUCAUUGCUCCAGAUAGACAUCCUGGCUGUCCCCAGAUGAUGGAUAAAAACAUGCAGCAAGCACGGGAAGCCUGUGGGAAGUUAGGGGUAGUUAAGAUGCACUGAAUAUAACAAUCAACUACUUACAACGUAAGCAAGACUAAAACACUUGGUGUAGCUGAUCCUAUUGACAAGGCUAAACAGACCUACAGCAUUACCUGUGUAUGUGAAAAUUAAUUUGUAUAAUGUGGUAUGAUUCAUAAGUUAAAAUGGGUCUUAAGGAAUUGUUUGUUCCCCCCACCCCCAGGAUGGCUGCUCUUAAUGUUUUCUACAGGGUUCUUUUUAUCUUGGUCUCUUCACUUAUGGGGUCUUAUUUUUAUAGUGAUGGCGAAUGUCUGAUACCAUCAUCACCACUACCCAUUUCCUUGGUGUCAGCUGCAUAGUGUAGUAGACACAUGAAAAAACUUUGUUCUAUGCUGCAGAAUCACAUUCUGAAGGUAUGAGAAGCCUUCAGCCUGUUUUAACUGGCAAUGAUUUUGCUUGAUUUUAUGGAAAUCUGCACCCAGUCUACAAAUUGAUGUGAGUUGUUGGCUGUGUGUAGCUUUACGACUUGAAUUAGAAAUAUAAGGUUUUAAAUAAAACAGGAAACAGCCUUGUUACACUCUGUGUGCAGGCUUUGUGAAAGUCUUUGCUAAUAAAAUUCAAUGCUUCCUGACAUACUCUUUGCAAGAGAAAACACUUUUAAAAACUGUUUGACUCAUGCUGAU